AUGGCACCAGAAGUUCACACGUCACAACAGGAAUCCCUUUGUCCCACUAUGCGCGUCUUCUACCAGAAACUAAAAGUAAAAGAUGAACUUGAUGAAUCUUCACGCUUUGUUUACGGAGAUGAUGUGGGCAUUUACAGGUUCGCGCGUCUCAUGUGGAUGAUUACUUUAGAGGCUCUACAAGCUUGCCAGAAUCUCACCCUUCAGAUUAGUCAGAUGCGCUCUGCAGAGACAGCAGUGCAUUACAGUGAGAGGAUCUUUACUGAGCUCAUCCGCUCCAUUGAGAGAAGCCGCUCUGAGGUAACACAGAUGAUCAGAGAUCAGGAGAAGACUGCAGUGAGUCGAGCUGAAGGGCGACUGGGGCAGGAGAUCAAUGAUCUGAGGAGGAGAGACGCUGAGCUGGAGCAGCUUUCACACACACAGGAUCACAUCCAGUUCCUGCAGAGUUUCCAGUCACUCUCUGCACCUCCCGAAUCUACAGAUGUACCCAACAUUCCCUUCUGUUCUCUCUUCUCUUUUGAUGGCAUAAGAGAAUCUGUCCAUCAGCUAAGAGACAAGCUGGAGGAUUUCUGCAAAGAAGAGCUCAAAAAGAUCUCUGACAGAGUCACAAUGACCAACAUUGUUCCCAGGACCAGGAAUGACUUCCUACAAUAUUUCCAUCAGCUCACUCUGGAUCUGAACACAGUGAAUAAAUGUCUCUGUCUCUCUGAGAGGAACCGAGUUAUUAAAUACACUGGAACAAAGCAGCCGUACCCUGAUCAUCCAGACAGAUUCGAUGUGUUUCAGACUCAAUAUUACACGCAGUCUCACCCAGAACUCUACAAUCCUACUGGACAGCAUGGGGUGAGUGUUUCUGCCAGAAGAUGCAAUCCAAAGAUACAAAAAUGUCCUGCACUACUUGGAACAGGGAAUAACCAAAACGCUGGCUUACCACAAGUGUGGGGUGGACCGCAAAACAUACUGGAUACUGCAGCAAUAGCAGAGCUAGAAGCUUGA